CAUUUUUAGCCCUUCGUCUUCUCUUUGCUAUUGAAUAUAGUCUUGAGCACCGUUGAUUUCAUUUCAGCUUCACUCCCCUGCUCUUGCCACUUGCCCACACCCACAGCUGCCACUCCUUGGAGUGGGGAAACUUCCCUUCUAUUCUGCUGGGCGCAUCCCCGCAGACUCCCUUGCCUCUCCUGGACAUUGGGUGAGCCUCCCCACCGCCACUCUUCCUUACUUCAAAAAGGUGCAAAGGAGGAGCAGUGUUCUGUUUUUCUUUUUUUCUUUCUUUCUCCCCACCCCGCCCCCGACAAUGAUAAAACCUGAGACUCGAAGCUUGUUCUCAGGCAUACUAAGCACUUAGGGGCACAGCCAUCCUCACACCAGUUCAAGACUUCUCAGAGUUCACUACACAAGGCUGCGGGCUGGACUGGCAAAACUCAAUUUGCCCAUCAAGUUAACUUGGUCGGCCUGGGACCCGAGGCCAGGGUGAAAGGGCGACAUCCCGGGGCCCUGUGGCUUCUCCCUAGAGCGCCCAAACAGCGGCGUAGGUCUGGAAUGCCCCCGGCCCCCGGAUUUGGAAGAGGCUGGCGCGGAGCAGGCGCCCUGGAGCAGGGUCUCGGGGGUCCCCGGAACAGUCACGUGUUCUCGAGACGCCGUUAAACCCCCGCCCCCUCUUCCCCACCGCCGCCUCCAGGUCCUGCUCCUGCUGUUGCCGCCGCCGCUGGGGUACAGGAGCUAUCGCGCUGGGCCGCGCUCCCGGGAGCCCAGGGCCUGCAGUGGCCGGGGCGCCCCGAGGUCUGCUGACUGUGUUUUUCAGGAAAAAGGAAGGGAAAAGAGAGAUCUAACCACAUGGAUUGGAGAAAAAUCUGAAUUUUAGACUCAAAACUAUGUUGUUUCUAUUACCACAAAUUGUGCUGCAUCUUCUCUUUCUUCAAAAAAUUUUGGACAGCAAUUUUACACUAAGUAAGAAGUACAAGGAAAGGCUAUCAGUAACAACUGACCUACCACAAAGUUAGAAGAAAAGGAUUGAUUCAAGAAAGGACUAUAAUAUGGAUUUAGAGCUCGAUGAAUAUUAUAACAAGACACUUGCCACAGAGAAUAAUACUGCUGCCACUCGGAAUUCUGAUUUCCCAGUCUGGGAUGACUAUAAAAGCAGUGUAGAUGACUUACAGUAUUUUCUGAUUGGGCUCUAUACAUUUGUAAGUCUUCUUGGCUUUAUGGGGAAUUUACUUAUUUUAAUGGCUCUCAUGAAAAAGCGUAAUCAGAAGACUACGGUAAACUUCCUUAUAGGAAAUCUGGCCUUUUCUGAUAUCUUGGUUGUGCUGUUUUGCUCACCUUUCACACUGACAUCUGUCUUGCUGGAUCAGUGGAUGUUUGGCAAAGUCAUGUGCCAUAUUAUGCCUUUUCUGCAAUGUGUGUCAGUUUUGGUUUCAACUUUAAUUUUAAUAUCAAUUGCCAUUGUCAGGUAUCAUAUGAUAAAACAUCCCAUCUCUAAUAAUUUAACAGCAAACCAUGGCUACUUUCUGAUAGCUACUGUCUGGACACUAGGUUUUGCCAUCUGUUCUCCCCUUCCAGUGUUUCACAGUCUUGUGGAACUUCAAGAAACAUUUGGUUCAGCGUUGCUGAGCAGCAGGUAUUUAUGUGUUGAGUCAUGGCCAUCUGAUUCAUACAGAAUUGCCUUUACUAUCUCUUUAUUGCUAGUUCAGUAUAUUCUGCCCUUAGUUUGUCUUACUGUAAGUCAUACAAGUGUCUGCAGAAGCAUAAGCUGUGGAUUGUCCAACAAAGAAAACAGACUUGAAGAAAAUGAGAUGAUCAACUUAACUCUUCAUCCAUCCAGAAAGAUUGGGCCUCAGGUGAAACUCUCUGGCAGCCAUAAAUGGAGUUAUUCAUUCAUCAAAAAACACAGAAGGAGAUAUAGCAAGAAGACAGCAUGUGUGUUACCCGCUCCAGAAAGACCUUCUCAAGAGAACCACUCCAGAAUACUUCCAGAAAACUUUGGCUCUGUAAGAAGUCAGCUCUCUUCAUCCAGUAAGUUCAUACCAGGGGUCCCCACUUGCUUUGAAAUAAAACCUGAAGAAAAUUCAGAUGUUCAUGAAUUGAGAGUAAAACGUUCUGUUACAAGAAUAAAAAAGAGAUCUCGAAGUGUUUUCUACAGGCUGACCAUACUGAUAUUAGUAUUUGCUGUUAGUUGGAUGCCACUACACCUUUUCCAUGUGGUAACUGAUUUUAAUGACAAUCUUAUUUCAAAUAGGCAUUUCAAGUUGGUGUAUUGCAUUUGUCAUUUGUUGGGCAUGAUGUCCUGUUGUCUUAAUCCAAUUCUGUAUGGAUUUCUUAAUAAUGGGAUUAAAGCUGAUUUAAUGUCCCUUAUACACUGUCUUCAUAUGUAAUAAUUCUCACUGUUUACCAAGGAAAGAUCAAAUGUGGGGUCAUAUAAAAUAUAUUUAUGAUAACUAUUUAUGUAUAAUAAAUAGAAAUUUUGUUAACAUGAAAUUUAAUUUAUGUGAAAGAUUUCUGGAUUUGAAUGUCAGUUCAUAAUAUAUGGAAGAUAAUUUUAUGUUAUAGUAGGAUUAAUUUAUUUAGUUGUGUAGUCAGUGUCAAUCCAAUCUGUAAUUUCAUUUUAGAAAGUUGUAUUACCUUCCACUUCCAUGUUGUCUUAUAAACAAAUGAAUUGUAUUUUUUGUUGAAACUAAAAGUUAUGUGUAACCAACUCAGUACUUUUGUCCAAAAAUAUAAUAAGAAAAAAUUUUUCUUGAGGAACUUUUAAUUUCAAACUUGAAGAAUAUCUACCAGCUAUCUAUAUUCAUUUCUACUCCGCACGCUUCUUAAUGUUUAGUUUGUGAAGUACAGAAAAAAUUUAAUAUGCCUAGAAAAUCAUAACUAAAUGACAACUGUAUGCCCAAAUUAUGAUUAUAAUCUUCAACAUUAAGUACAGUUUUGAAAGUCCUGUAGGAAAAUGCUAUUGCCAAUUGAGAAUUGGUCAAAUUGUCAAUUUAACUCCACUGUCCUAGUAAUACACGAGUAAUUUACCAUAUAAAGAAUUUUAAAUCCUUUCCAGACUCAUUAUACAACAUUAAACACUACCAAUAAAGUUGUUUUCAUAUACAUCUUUUCUAUUCUAAAAUGUGAAGUCUAAAUGGUAUCUGUAUUUCCAAUUAUUAAAUAAUUUUGAAGAA